AUGGAUAUUAUGAAUAGAGAGUUGGCUGAUGCAAAGCGUGACUUAUUGACAUGCCUCGAUGGGAUUCAGACUACUGGAAAUAUCGCUAUUUCCCAGCACUACGAUUCAUUCGUUCACCCUGGCUUGAUGGUUGCUAAUACUUUGAUACAAUUACCGUUGGCGACUCGAGAUGCUCAGAUGAUCAAGAAUGCAUCUAGGCAAGCUCCGUUCGGUAGGGGUGAGGAGACCGUGUUGGACACAUCCGCACGCAAUACCUGGGAGCUAGAUCAUACCGAGUUCAAAUUCACAAACCCUGGCUGGGAUGCUUAUGUCACCACGUUGGUGGCUGAUGUUGCGGAAGGCCUAGGUAUACCGAUAACGAAAGUAGAGCCGUAUAAGCUCCUAUUACACGAAGAGGGCUCAUUUUUGAAACCUCACGAGGAUUCCGAAAAGUUUCCUGGGGUGAUAGCAACAAUGGUCAUAUGUCUCCCCUCGAAGCAUGCCGGUGGUAGCGUCCAUAUAUCCAAUCGUAACAAUAAGAACAUCUUCGAGACCGAUAAAACAUCUGACUUCGGCCUAACAAUGCUCUCUUGGUUCUCGGAUGCUACGCACGAGGUCAAGCCGCUGGAGUCUGGAUAUCGCCUAGAAUUGACGUACAACAUCAUCCACUCGGAUGGCCCUCGUAUGUCUGCUGGCCUAGUUGGAACAGAGUUGGACCAGGUCCGCCUCGUGCUUACCAGAUGUAUGCCAAGGUUAGCCAAAGGAAUUCAUAGGCUAAUAUACAAGUUGGAGCACAGAUAUAAGCGAUCAAGUCUUUCGUUGAGCAACCUUAAGGGUCGAGAUAAAGGCAUGUGCCAGAGUCUAUAUCGGUUCAGCUCAGAAUAUAGAGUCACAAUUCUUCUUGCCAGACUGAAUCGAAUAUAUAUCGAGAGUUCUGAUUAUGAAGACGAUGAAGAAGACAAAGAACAAGAAGAAAUGGAGCUCGAGGAUGUUAAAACGUGCGAUGGGAACAUUGCCUUCAAACAGUUGAGUGUUAGUGAGAAUCAUAUCCUUGGGAAUAUGUGGAAUCGAAGAAUAGAUUGCUGUAAAGAAGGCUACUUUAUCGAAAACGAGAGUAUGACAUCGAUGUAUCCCCAUAACCAUACAGACGUCGUUGAGGCCGUCGAGGUCGUCGUGAUAUUCCCCGGACGGACACUAUCUGACUUAAAUCCCAGACAACCUCAUGCCCUUACGAGCUUAGCUAGCGAGACUCUGUGUGACUAUCACUUUAUUCCCCAACUAUCCCAACUAUCGAAAAUCUCGGGGUGGUCAUCUUGUUUUGUGCGGACUCUGAAACAGGGCGCUCCUAGGCAACUCAUCUGCGGGAUACUGCGAGCUAUCUAUAAAAAGCGCGAUGCUAAGGUGCUCGCGGAUGCCAAGGGUAUGUUUCUGUCUAUCCUAGACGCAUGUACAAAGAGAUUGGUUUUGCAACCCCAACACUUCCCAGCAUCCAAAUACGUCACCGCACUUAAUAAACCCGGUGGUCCUCUUAACAACUCAGCUCGAACUAUUAAAGGCGUCCUUGGUGUCAUUGAACAAUGUUUUGACAUGAAAUUAACCAACCAAGCGACCGAACUUCUCGACAUGAGCUGUACCAACAUCUAUAAAGCCUGUUCGAAACCAGAAGAUAAUCCGCUUCCUGGCCCUAUUGUGGCUCGAGAUUUCCUGCUUUCCCUGGUAUUGAUGCUGCAGAAACACGGGGUCACACCUUUUGAAUCGUUCGAGAACAUGUUUAUGCUCUUCCUGCGUGAGAUACUCGCUUCCCACCCACCGACAUGUCCAAGGCCUCCUCAUGGCUGGGCACACAAACCUAGACCGAAAUGCUCUCAGGACGGUUCUUGUGAAGACUGCAAAGAUCUCAACGACUUUCUCGAGAACCCAGAGAUGGAAGUGGGCGAAUUUUGCGGAGAUCCAGAUAAGCGACAGCACCUAGAAAGGCAACUUCCAAUGCGAUUGUUCCGCUGCCAGAGUGCAAAAGAACCGGAGAAAUUGAUUGUGAGAAAGUUGGGGAACGAGUUCAAGGAGGAUAUGAAGGACUACAAGACCAAACUCUCGCUCUUCGAAAAUCGUGUUCGAGUACUACGAUGCGAGUACGUAGAAUCGUUGCUAGGAGAAGAGCUUUAUGGCGAGCUCGUCCUUUUGAAAUGCAUACCGGACUCAGAUGGAGCUAAAGGGUCUAAACACGCGGAGAAGAGGAAGGCUGAAGACGAACUGGAAGGUCCAGCUUCAUCGAGGCCCAUGCUUAUAGAAUGAUCGAAGCAUGCUGUUGGGAUUGAACAAAAGAAGAUAUUGUAGAUUAUGUCAUCUGAUGGGUACCUGAAGAAUAGGUACUUAAGAUGGAAAAUGCCUUGAGGUUUUAUGUGAGUCUGUACACUGAUUGCGUAAGGAACGAAA